GAAGAUAAUAAAUAUAAAAACCCUAAAAACACGCCUCUUCCAAGUUCCACCCCCUGCCCAACAUUCUCCCGCGUCUCACACUCAUCUGGUCGCUGGAAAGUUGCCAUUGUCGUUGCUCUGUCUGUGUAUGUGCUCUCUCGCCCUCUCGACAUUCGACCACGAUCUUGGCUUCUUCGAAGGGUCGAAGCCUCUUCUCUGCAGAAGGGUCGAAGCCUCUUGCCUCUCGAAGGUUUGAAGGCCCUUCUUUCUCGACGUCGAUAUAGUGCUGUUUUGCCGGAGCACAAAUGUCUUGCACAUUCUUCACCACUGGAGUUUCUCCAAAACUUCUCAACAACCAUCAUCAUCAUCAGUAUCAUCAUCAUAUGCAUCAGUUUCAAGUAUUCAAGCCAUUUGUAGGAGGCAAUAGUCACUGCCUUGUGACACCUCAAUGGCGUGGCAAAUUUGGUAAUUUUGUUUCAUCUCGGUCAUUUGCUGUUGAUAUCAACUGUAAUUUGAAGAAGCUAGAGCGACUCAAUGACAAAGGUUCUGAGAGGGUGAUUGCGCUGGUCAUUGGGGGAGGAGGAAGGGAACAUGCACUUUGCUAUGCUUUGCAGAGAUCUCCUUCCUGUGAUGCGGUCUUCUGUGCGCCUGGUAAUGCUGGAAUUUCCAACUCAGGAAAUGCCACUUGCAUUUCAAGCCUCGACAUCUUUGACAGCUCAGCUGUGAUCUCCUUCUGCCGCACAUGGGGAGUGGGAUUGGUUGUUAUUGGACCAGAGGCUCCUCUUGUUUCAGGUCUUGCAAAUGAUCUUGUUGAGGCUGGAAUCCCUACUUUUGGCCCCUCGGCAGAGGCAGCUGCUUUGGAAGGAUCCAAGAACUUCAUGAAGAAUUUAAGUGACAAAUAUGGAAUUCCCACUGCUAAGUAUCAAACUUUUACGGACUCAGCUGCGGCGAAGAAAUAUAUUCAACAGCAAGGGGCACCUAUUGUUAUCAAGGCAGAUGGAUUGGCUGCUGGAAAAGGAGUUAUUGUUGCUAUGAAAUUGGAGGAGGCUUAUGAUGCUGUUGAUUCAAUGCUUGUGGAGGGUGUUUUUGGUUCUGCAGGCUGUCGUGUUAUUGUUGAGGAAUUUCUCGAAGGAGAAGAAGCAUCCUUUUUUGCCUUGGUAGAUGGAGAGAAUGCAAUUCCUCUAGAAUCUGCUCAGGACCAUAAACGAGUAGGGGAUGGUGAUACAGGGCCCAACACUGGUGGAAUGGGGGCAUAUUCUCCUGCGCCCAUAUUAACAGAAGAACUUCAGUCCUUGAUCAUGAAAUCUAUAAUCCUUCCUACCGUGAAAGGCAUGUCUGCAGAAGGCUGUAAGUUUGUUGGGGUUUUGUAUGCUGGUCUCAUGAUUGAGAAGAAGUCUGGUUUGCCUAAGCUAAUUGAGUACAACGUUCGAUUUGGAGAUCCAGAGUGCCAGGUUUUGAUGGUUCGGUUAGAAUCCGAUCUGGCACAAGUUCUUCUUGCAGCUUGCAGGGGAGAGCUAAGCAACGUAUCCCUGAGUUGGUCCACUGGUUCUGCCAUGGUUGUAGUAAUGGCAAGUAAUGGCUACCCUGGACCCUAUGAGAAGGGAACCCUAAUUCGUAACCUUGAAGAAGCAGAGCAUGUUGCUCCAUGUGUUAAGAUAUUUCAUGCUGGAACUGAACUUGAUCCAGAUGGCAACUUCAUCGCUGCUGGGGGUCGUGUUCUUGGGGUUACUGCUAAGGGACGUGAUCUUGAAGAAGCAAGUGAGAGAGCUUAUCGAGCUGUGGAUGAAAUCAACUGGCCAGGAGGGUUUUAUCGGUGUGAUAUUGGUUGGAGAGCACUACCCAAGAGGCAAUUUGCCAGACAAGUCUAAACUGGUUGUUGUACUUCAGAAAUUUUGGGCAUGAGUUAAUGUUACCUAAUGAGUAUACUAAUGCCUUGUGUGAACCUGUGAAAUAAAAUGGUGAAAUAAAAUGUUGACAUCACCAAUGAAAGGAAAAAGUGAAUUUUCUUUUGGUGCAGAA